GUUGGUGCUCAAGAUCACUUUUUAAGAUCUUAUUCUACGCGCUUUCUUCCACCAGAUUAGGACUUUUUUUUUUCCCUCCGCAAGAAAAACAGACUCUUCUAUUUCUGGCUUCCCCCUCCCGGCGCUGACGUCAGCACUAAGUUAUUUUCAUGAAUGGAGGGGGCGGUCAUGAGGACGCGGUGACGUCAGUGCUUGCGGAAGCGGGAGCGUGGAAUGUUCGUAACAUUGUUGUUGUUUUGGGGUGAAUCGAGUUAGCAGGACGCUCCGCUCGCAGGCUGGCUGGCUUGCCGUCUGCCGCACUCAGCAAAGCGGAUUCGACGGCCUCGUUUCCCCGAGUGGGGGUUAGGUUCCCACCAAACCGGACAUAAUUUUCUUUUUAAUAUAUUUUUUAUUUUUCCGUGCAUUCCAGUCCACGGGGAUCCUCGCGCGUCCACAGAGUGCGUCUCCUGUGAGAGUGUGGCAAGUUGUCUGCAUGCAGGGAAUGACGACUCCUUUCAAGACGAGCAAAGCUUUAAAGGUCAAGAAGGAGUCGGGCGAGAAUGCCCCGGCCCUCAGCGACGACGAACUGGUGGCUAUGUCCGUGCGGGAGCUGAACCAGCACCUGCGCGGGCUGACCAAGGAGGACGUGGUACGGCUGAAGCAACGGCGGCGAACGCUCAAGAACCGAGGCUACGCCGCCAGCUGCCGCAUCAAGCGCGUCACCCAGAAGGAGGAGCUGGAGCGCCAGAAGACGGAGCUGCAGCAUGAGGUGGACAAGCUGGCCCGCGAGAACGCCAGCAUGCGGCUGGAGCUGGAGGCCCUGCGCGCCAAGUACGAGGCGCUGCAGUGCUUCGCCAGGACUGUGACCCGCAGCGGGCCCCUGACGCCGGGCAAAGUGGCCACCACCAGCGUCAUCACCAUCGUCAAGUCGGCCAAUCACAACAGCUCCGGGCCGACGCCCUUUUCGGCGCCGUCCUAGUGUCCACCCGACUGGGGUCUCCGCUUCCCGCCCGAUCCUGACCGGGCCUCGUCCCGCACCGAGUGGAAUCUCACAAGUCAGACUGAAGGAUAAUCGACGGGAUGGCGAGCUCCACGUCCUCUUAUGCUGCAUUCGUGACUCUCCCUUCUUCUGUCUUUUUAUCUUCACACCCUAAAAAGUGUCCUCAGAUCUGACAUCUCUGGGCCGGCUUUUUUUUUUUUUCCCCUCAGUCCUUCAGUUUACACUUUGGAACUACAUUCCCAAUCUUUUUUUGCGGGGGGUUUACAUUGGUAUUCCAAAAGUCACCAUGAGCUUCCUUCUUUUUAUUUGAUUUCUGGCUUCCCUUCGCAAAACUGCCACUUGGGGAGUUUGUCUGUCCACAUUUGCAACAAUUUGAGAUGUAAUUCACAAUAUAUCUGAAAUAAGGAAGCGUAUUGUGACUUUUGGCACAGCCUUUAUUUGCACUGUGCAAACCACCUGCCCCCCCCAUCCCCCCCCCGACACCGUCCUAACAGCACCGGCAGGGUAAAGUUCCUCUUCUUGACUGAGCAAAAGAACGACGAAAACAAUAACGUCCGACAUGCCUUCGGGUGGCAGCACCAGUUUAUAUUGUUUUGAAAGUAUGUCAAAGCUCACCUAAGCAUUUCCAAGCACAGCGUUGCCUCAACCAAGGGCUGAGAGAUCCUUUUUCAUGAUAUCUGCGUGCCUAGCAGUCCGCUCUGUUUACUAAGUUGUCACAUAGGAAAUUACUGCAUUUUGACUUCACGAAGCUAACAGCACUUCUCGUCUGAAUGCUGAGAGACAAGCGGUGAAAAUGAAGGACUUUCUUUUCUGGUUUCAAUUUUUCCAGAAAUGUAAGAGUUCGUUUUUUUUGUGGUUCUCAAGCAAAGUGCGCUUUUGUUUUUUUUGUCCUUUCAGCACUUAUUGGCUUUGAAGCUGAAUAAUAAGCACUUAAAAAUCAUCCCAAUUGCUAUGACGGCAUCCCCUCGUUUUUUGUUUUUUUUUAUAAAUAGUCCUCUUUUUUGUUCAAUUGGUCGUAUAGUCUCUCAGCAUUCACGCACAAUUUUUGAGGAGCCUGCAAUUUCUAGUUAGGUUAUUUUUGCCUCUUAAAUGCCACUCUCUGGAAGGUAAUCCAUAUUGGAUGAAGUUAAAAUCACUUAAUGACAGGUUUUUAAGAAUGAAAUAUUUCCUGUAACAUAAAAGCUUUCGACUUCAGGCUGCGGUCACAUGACUCCGUCCAGAAAGUAAAACGCGUCAUUCCUACUGCUGGGUCAGCUGAGUGUUGCUGAUGGUGGCUCCGUCCAUCACAGUCGCUAUUUUAUUUUCUGUCCAUUAUUUUUUUAUUCAAACACACUUUUAUAGGAAAACCCAUGACGCUCACCUCGUAAGCAGGUAGAAAUGAAAGAAACCAUUUGUUGCCAUGGCAACCAAAUGCCAUAAAUGCCCAUGCUCUUAAGGCCUUCUCAACCGGAGGAUAAAAAAUUUGCUCAUGACAGGAUCUUCUCUCGGCCAAGAGAACAUGACUAUUGACCCCCCCCCUAAAAAAAAAAAAGAAAGUAAACUGUCGGGAGGGGGGGGGGGGAUCUUUGCUGCUGUACAACCUGCUGUGACCUUACAGCUGUGUCCUUACUCUCAUUUUGUAUUUUGUACAUUUUACGUCAUCUUCCUGACAUGUAAGUUUUAUAAGUACAUUAUAUAUAUAUAUAUAUAUAUAUAUAUAUUAUAUAUAUAUAUUCCUUUUUCUAUAUUUAUGUUACUAUCCUGGGAGUGGUAUGAGUUACGUAACAGUUCUGUUGAAGUCCACUUAGCAUAAGUAAUUGAUGCUGAAAAUGUGUCCAUACAGCAAUGAAAAAAAUAUUUUGGUCAUGAAUUGAGUAUUUAUAGGCCACUGAUAGUUGCUCUAAGCACAAUUUGUUGUUGUUGUGUCUCCGUGACUGAGGUUACACAAAGGAUGCAGGGUUUUUUUUUUGUUUUGUUCUACUUCACGAGAGUAAGUUGACAUUCUGACAGUUCACUUUUUGGUGUAAAAAGUGCAAAAUCCAGACACCCGAUGUUGAUCAGAACAUGUUUGACUCCCAUGCGUUAAGUAAGCAUGCAUCUACAGCACAGCACACGUCGUAUGUUCUUGUUGCCGCUUUAUUUGUUCUGAUUUCACUUUUAACCACGAUGGUAAUGCUUUUAUAAGAGCCGUUAUCCUACCUGAAAGAAUUCCCAGAGCUGCUAAAAAUCCUGUCCCUCCACAAUGAAGCUUGACGCAGACAGAAAGUUUAAGCCAACAGCGACCUCCUGUGGCAAAACGAGGCAUUGUUCAAUAUCAGUGGUUCAUAUUGACAAGUGCAGAAGUACAGUACACAGAAACAAACCUUUUUCCAGGUGACGAAAGUGUUGCUGGUUCCCACGUUUCUGCCAACUGUAUAACCAAGAAAAAAAAAAAAUUGCCACUUCACACAAAGCAGUUAAGAGCAAUUU